AUGGAGCCAGAGAAGGAAAGGAGUGGGAGGACCCCCAAGAAGGGCAGGAAGAGGAGGCGAGUCCCGAAUAAGCUGGUCGGGGCGUCUGAGGUGAUGAGAGACCGUUGGGAUCUUGAGGAGAGGCAGCAGCCCGAGGCCAAGAAAGCCCGCUUAUCUACCAUUUUAUUUGCUGGAAACCGUGAAAUAACUCAUGGUCAGCUAUGUGAAUUGCUGAAGCGUGCAGUUCUGGGCAAAUUCAGUGUUCCUAAACCUAGCGGGUGCCAGCUUUUUCACCAAAACCACCUGAACAACGUGGUGGUUUUUAUACUGCAGGGAAUGAGUCAGCUACACUUUUACAGGUUCUAUUUGGAGUUUGGGUUUCUCCAAAAGGCAUUCAGACACAAGUUCUGCUUGCCUCCCCCAUCAUCUGAUUUCCUAGCUGAUAUCAUUGGGCUGCAAAAGAAACAAAUAAUUGGGGAUCUGCCUAAAGAAAUGGAAGGGUCUUUACCUUCUUCCAGCUCAAAAGUCAGCAUCAACCUGCAGAAUGACCCCAUCGUUCAAAAGUAUGGCUCUAAGAAAGUAAGCUUGACCAGAUGCCUUCUCACAAAGGAGGAAAUGAAAACAUAUCACUUUCCAUUACAAGGUUUUCCUGACUGUGAAAACUUUGUGCCUACAAAAUGUUGUGGUUCUAUAACCGACAACAGUCCUCUCUUUGGGCUUGACUGUGAAGUGUGCCUGACAUCCAAGGGACGAGAACUAACACGCAUCUCAUUGGUUGCUGAAGGAGGCUGUGUUAUGGAUGAACUUGUUAAACCUGACAACAAGAUUGUGGACUACCUCACCAGUUUCUCAGGAAUCACAAAGAAGAUUCUUAACCCAGUGACAACCACACUCAAAGAUGUACAGAGACAGUUAAAAGCACUGCUUUCUCCCGAUGCUGUGUUAGUGGGCCACUCCUUAGACUUAGAUCUCAGAGCACUGAAAAUGAUACAUCCGUAUGUUAUUGAUACAUCAUUGCUUUAUGUCAGAGAGCAGGGCAGAAGAUUUAAGCUCAAGUUCUUAGCCAAAGUUAUUUUGGGGAAGGGUAUACAGUGUCCAGAUAGGUUUGGUCAUGAUGCCACAGAAGAUGCUAGAACAGCCCUUGAAUUGGCUCGGUAUUUCCUCAAAUAUGGCCCAAAGAAGAUUGCAGAACUAAAUCUGGAGGCACUAGCUAGUCACCAAGAACUAGAAGCAGCAGGCCUAGAGACGAAAAAUACAGCAGAAGUAGUUCAGCAGCUAAACACAAGUGUUUUAGAAUGCUGGGACUCAAUGGGCCAGAAGCCCUUUACUCGGGAGGCAGAUGCUACUGAACUUUCUUCUUCCAAAAACUGUCAAACUAUUAAGUGCCUUUCAAAUAAAGAGGUUCUUGAGCAGGCUAGAGUGGAAAUCCCCCUGUUUACCUUCAGCAUCGUGCAGUUCUCUUUUGAACCCUUUCCACCCAACCUCACUGAGGAGAUGAGCAAAAGAAUGAGGAUCAAGUGGAUGGAGAUGUCAACUGUCUAUGCUGGGCCAUUUAGCAAAAAUUGAAACCUUAGAGCUCUGAAGAGGCUGUUUAAGAGUUUUGGUCCAGUCCAGUCAGUGACUCUUAUUCUUGAAACCCAUCAGCCACAUCUCUGUAUACAAUACGAAAUCCUGGAAGGUGCCCAGCUGGCCAUAGAGUCUUUGGAUGGCAUCCUGGUAGAAGGUACCUGCAUCAAGGUGCAGAGGCCUGUGACAGAGCUCACCCUUGAUUGUGACAUCCUUGUGAAUGAGCUGGAACAAGAUUCUGAGAACCAAGCUACUAUAUACCUGUCUGGAGUGAGUGAAACCUUCAAGGAACACCUGUUGCAACAGUCCAGCCUCUUCCUGGGCCUGGAAGCUGUGAUCUUGCCUAAAGAUCUUAAAAAUGGAAAGCAGAAAAAAUACUGUUUCUUGAGAUUCAAAACUUUUGGCAGUGCCCAGAGGGCCCUUGGCAUUCUCACAGGCAAGAACUGGAAGCUGAAAGGCAGGCAUGCCCUAACCCCCAGGCACCUCCAUUCAUGGCUCAGGGGCUUACCUCCUGAAUCAAGGCCCCCAGGGCUUUGUGUCAUACCUCCCCCCUCGGAGCAGGAGACCUUGCAGAUGGUGAAGGUGGACCACCCAAAGAUAGCAGCCUGGCGCUGGGGCAGGAAGAUAGGAAAGCUCUACCACAGCCUGUGCCCAGGCACCCUCUGCCUCAUCCUGCUGCCAGGAACUGAGAGCACUCAUGGAUCGCUCUCUGGCCUAGGACUGAUGGGAAUAAAAGAUGAAGAGGAAAGCAACAGCCCAAACAAGUGUUUGUGAGUCUGCCCACCAUUUUCCAUGUGCCAUUUCUUAAUCCCUCGUGGGCAAUAGCAGAGAAUUUGGUCAGGCUGCAGGCACUCCAGAGGCUGCCAGACCUCUAUAUAGUAGACAGUCUGUGGAAACAUUGUACCAGCUUAAGGAGUCUAGUCCAUUUAUAUGAAAUGUACAAA